AUCCUCCAUCUCGGCGCCCAUCCUGCUACUCUCCCUCAACUACACCAAAACUCGUCGCUCUCUCUUUCUCUCUCCUCCUCCAACAAUCAUGCUCUCCUUCAUCCUCAUCCAAAACAGACAGGGCAAAACCCGCCUCGCCAAAUGGUACGCCCCCUACAGCGACGACGAAAAGAUCAAGCUCAAGGGCGAGGUCCACCGCCUCGUCGCCCCGCGCGACCAGAAAUACCAGUCCAACUUUGUCGAGUUCCGCAACAACAAGAUCGUCUACCGCCGCUACGCGGGCCUCUUCUUCUGCGCCUGCGUCGACACAAACGACAACGAGCUCGCCUUCCUCGAGGCCAUCCACUUCUUCGUUGAGGUCCUCGACUCCUUCUUCGGCAACGUCUGCGAGCUCGACCUCGUCUUCAAUUUUUACAAGGUCUACGCCAUCCUCGAUGAGGUCUUUCUGGCGGGCGAGAUUGAGGAGACGAGCAAGCAGGUUGUGUUGACGCGGCUGGAACAUCUGGAUAAGCUGGAGUGAUGUGUACAGGAAUGGGGAAGACGCGUCUUUUUUCUUUCCUUCCUCUAUUCCAAACUUCUCUUUUCUCCCUCUUUGCCUCCGAGGGAACUUUGAGAGAAUAGGGGACACAAUUUAUCGGUUUCUUUACAUCUACGUAUAUAUUCAUUUCGCGACUCGGAGUUACCAGGAAGCCCAACAGGAUUUUUUAUUUUUUAUGAUUUUACACUUAUCUUUUAUUCGCCCUUUUCGCAAUCUAGCAGAGGAGCGUGUUGAUAAUGCAUUAUUGGAUGCAAAGGAUAUCAUAGGCAAGGGUGUUUGGGCGUCUUGGGAAAUAGCGGAUUGCAAGAUUGUGGUGGCCAGGAUAUGUAAGAAGCCUGCGGCGUGAUUUUGUCGCUGUCUUCUUUAUUCCUCAGCUCCAGGGGUAAUUUGCUGUCAUCAAUGUAUGUCUAGGUAUUUAGUCAGAUAAUUAAUUUAUUAAUUAAAACAUGAGAAGGCA